AUGGCUUCUCCAAUUCCCCGUGGUAUCAAGCAGGUGCUCCAGAAGUCGCCCAACGACAUUGUCAUUCUUUCGUCUCUGCGUACCCCCGUUACUCGCGCCAAGAAGGGUGGUUUCAAGGAUGCCUACCCCGAAGAGCUGCUCGCCAACGUCCUGCGCGCGACAUUGAAGGCCAACCCCAACCUCGAUCCGGCCCUGAUUGAGGAGGUUACCAUUGGUUCUGUGCUGCAGGAACUGGGUGGUGCGAAGGCCGGCCGUAUGGCUCAAAUCCACGCCGGAUUCCCUCACACUGUCCCCUUCAACACCAUCAACCGCCAGUGCUCCUCCGGUCUGGCCGCUAUCACCGCCGUUGCCAACGGGAUUCGCGCUGGCGCUUGCAACGUCGGUGUCGGUGGUGGUAUGGAGUCUAUGACUCGCAACUACGGCUCCCGCGCCAUUCCCACCGUCCUCUGGCCCGAGCUGAAGGAGUCGUACUCCCAGGAUGCCCAGGACUGCAUCAUGCCCAUGGGUAUCACAUCUGAGAACGUCGCUAAGCGUUACGGUAUCUCCCGCGCGGACCAGGACGCCUUCGCCGCCGACUCGCACAAGAAGGCUUCCGCUGCCCAGAAGGCCGGCCGCUUCGACAGCGAAAUCGUCCCCGUCACCACCAAGUUCUACGCCCCCGAGCACCCCGAAGCUCCGCCCCAGGACAUCACCGUUUCUCAGGACGACGGUAUCCGCCACAACCUGUCCGUCGAGAAGAUGGCCUCGCUCAAGCCUGCCUUCGCUGCCGACGGCGCCAGUACCGCCGGUAACAGCUCCCAGGUUAGCGACGGUGCCGCCGCCGCUCUCCUGAUGCGCCGGUCCACCGCCGAGGAGCUCGGUCUCUCUGGUUCUAUCAAGGCCCGCUGGGUCGCUUCCGCCGUUGCUGGCUGCGCUCCUGACGAGAUGGGUGUUGGCCCUGCCGUUGCUAUUCCCAAGCUGCUGCAGAGCGUUGGUCUCUCCGUUCCCGACGUCGGUGUCUGGGAGAUCAACGAGGCCUUCGCCUCGCAGGCGCUUUACAGUGUUCGCAAGCUCGGCAUUGAUGAGGCCAAGGUUAACCCCAACGGUGGUGCUAUUGCUAUCGGCCACCCGCUCGGUGCUACUGGUGCUCGCCAGCUGGCUGAUCUGCUUCCUGAAAUGGAGCGCAGCGGCCAGGAUAUCGGUGUUGUCAGCAUGUGCAUUGGUACUGGUAUGGGUAUGGCUGGCAUGUUUGUCCGCGAGUGA